CACGUGUCGAUAACCAUUACAUAAUCAAUGCAAAUAGAGCAACCAGAGCAAACAGUGUAAACAAAGCAAUCAAUGUAAACACACCAGAUACGUCAAGUAAACAAAAGCCACCAACCAGCCACAUGCUUUCUCUCCCGAGGCUGAAGCGACGCCUGCCUCCCCCCCAGCUGGAGCGCUUCUUCCCCUUUCCCUUCCUUCCCCUCCCCAGCCCCUCCAGUCGACUCUGGCGAAGGGGAUGAGAUGAACAGACUUGACCUUCUUCUUUUAUUGGCCUGAUUUCUUUUUCUGUUUUUUUUUUUUUUUUGUUCUAGUUUCCCCUGGUUCGGCGCUCCCGAAAAUAUGUCCUUCUCAUACUCCCAGGAGGUCCGUCGCCGGCGGGUGGGGACUGGCUUCAGCGCGUCCGGCCGACGGACGGUAAUAGGGUACUGGGUGCCUUUGGCGAUGACGGUCGGCGUGGCAGCCGUAGGGCUUGCCGCGUGGGUCUGGAGUGAGCGGAGUGAUGAUGAAGAAGAAGGUGAAUCGAAUAAUGCCGCUGUCCUUCGGAGAGAAGGGGCGGAGGAGGAGGAGGAGGAGGAGGAGGAAGACGGAUACCCUCCGCUUCCGCCUGGGCCGCAUUUGGAGGUAGAUGGAGCGGGAGAGCACGCGCGCGGUACUGGGACAGACUUCCACGAUGGGAGCAUGAUUGCUCGAAUGCAGGGCGCGUUGCGGCGCACGCCUAGUCCGCAGCAGAUCUUCGACGGGGCGAGCAAGCGGGUCGCGGCCGGUGUCGCGGCUGCGGGGGCAUUUGUUGGCGGGGCGUUGACCUCGAUCCGCGAGGAGAAUAGAGGCGACUUUGAGGAUCACUCGCGCUGGUCGGAGGAGGUGCGGUCCCGGAACAACAAUGCUGGUCUAGAGGGUGCGGCUGUGGGUGCGGCGGCGACGACGGCGACGACUGCGUCACGCUUGAUGAGCGGGCCUACUCCGUCUCGGACACAGGCGCCUGGUGACAAGAAGCGCAAGACGGUGGUUAUUGUUGUUUCGUCCGAAUCGCUACAUGUGGAUCAUGGUGACUCAGGCUCCGAGCACGCUUCCAUCCUGUCUCAUCUUCCCGAACACGUGGAUACUGAUACCGCUCGUGUGUUUGUGCUGAUCUAUGCGCCGGGGCUCAAGCACGCAAUCGGCCAGGGAGUCUCCCGUCCCACUCUGUCGGUCACAUCGUCCUACUCUAAUAUCUCGCGCGAAGAGGCUCGAGAUCCCGAAGAACUGGCUUCCGGUGGCGAGCUGACCGCGGUGGAGCCCCGCCAGGUGGACGAGUUCGAGGGCACCAGUCCCCUGUUCCGCACGCUGUACACGCAGGCCCAGGCGCUGGUCGAAAAGGAGAACAUGAUCAUGACCUUCAGCACCCCGACCGGCCACGUGCAUCUGAUCCGCCACCUUGCCCCGGAGAUCGUCUACGUGCAGGAAUCGUUGGCCGGCCAGGAUGGCGACGCCGUCCGCCAUAUCUCCGGAUGGGUCCGGCAGGUGAUCGUCGUCAUGGGCGACGAGGGCGGCCGCGGUGGUCUCAUCGAUAGCGACGACGAGUCCGCUCUCGCUGACCAGGGCGAGAAGUGGUGGGAGAAGGAGGGGACGACGGGGAUCGGCAAGCGAAUCGAGGUCGUCGACGUCCACCGCACAGGAGACGACUGGCGGCGCCGAGUCCGCGGCUAUGACUGAGCACGAGGAGGGUUCAGCCGGCUCCAUUCCCUCGCCCAUUGCCUCCCGCUGUCUCUCCCCCUGGCUCUCUGUAUAUGCUUUUACGUGCUCUGAUGAUCUGCUUUAUUUGGAUUCCCCUUGAAGAUAAGAUGUGGUUUAUGUAUACUGCUGUUUAUGCAAUAGUUAAUGUCUCAUGUUUGCCAAUUAUCUGAUACUUCGUAAACUAGAUUAUCUGAUACUUCAUAAACUAAAUUAUACCUAGGUACCUUAUUGACUACGUUGAUACUAUAUUAUAUACCAG